GGCGCAGUCAGAUGGGUGUAUGGCAGACAUGGAGGACUCUCACCCUCGUGCCAUCUCUAUACACAAUUUCAGUGAUAAGAUCUGCGACAAGCCGGUGCACUUCCAUGUGAUGAGUCUGCAGGACUGCUUCCUUCUGUGGUUCGGGUUCUCCCCGUCUCUGUCUAAUCUGGCGGUGGGCAUGUGCAGCAGAUUUGACUCUGCACCACUGUCUACUUUGAUUCUUGGAGACAAGUCUGAUCCCACUGCAAGUUCUUUUGCACAACGGCUAGCCAAGAAGACUAAAAAGCAAGUGUUUGUUAGUAUCAGCAUUCCAACCAAUGACAGCCAGCUAUUGAUGCUGAUAGAGAAACGAAUCAAGCAGGAAAUGGAUACCGUUCCUGAAAAGUUUUAAAGGUCAGAUCUUUACACUGACCGGACAUGCAAUACUGCCUGAGCAGGUCUACAGCUGAUUCAUGGUCGCUGAAAGUCAGUGAGGAGCAGCUCUGUGUCUAUGGAAUGCUGGGAAAAGCAGCGUGUAGAAGCUGAUUGAUGUACCAAAGACCAAAUGCAUAACAUAAGCCUCUAUUACCAGAUUUAAAUGUAUUGGGGGAUUCAACGGAUAAAGCUCACAUUUUGAAAGAUUAUUUUUGAACUUGAUCUCAUGCUUUAUGUAAAGAAAUAC